CUGCAUGCUUUGCCGUGCAGAAGUCUCAAGAUUCUGUUAGAUCAGGUUCCUCCAUGUUGGCUGACAGCUUUCGAGAACUUAUUCCUCGUCUCAAUCUUUCUUCGUUGCGAAGCUGAACGUCUCUUGCCUCAUUCUCCAAUUUCUGCACUAGCUCCAGGAGUUUGAUCAAUUGCCUGAGUGGUGGUGAAGCCGAUCAUGGCUCUAACUUUCAUAGCCGGAGCGGUGGCGACGGCGAUCAUCCAGAAGCUCGUUGAUACAUGCUUUUCCUACAUCAAAGCUUACCCGGGGCUGCGAGGCAUGCGGGACGAGUUGGAAAGGCUGCAACUGGCCCUUCCGCAGAUCCAGACAGUCUUGACUGCCGUAGAGGAGGCUGCGUCGAUUGCAGAGCAGAACACGGCGCUGGAUACGUGGCUGUCGCAGCUCAGAGAUGCUGUGGAGAACGCGGAGGACGUGCUCGACGAGCUGGACUACUACGAGCUGAAGAAGACUAUAAAAGAUCGAGAUGACGAGGUGCGUGGCAUUCUCUCUAAAUGUAAGAAAAAGUUUGACCGUGUUGUUAAUCGUAAAUUUAGCUAUGACACACCGAAGCGGUUGAGGGAGGCCGUCAAGGGGUUAGAUAUGGUUGUUGCCGGUAUGGGACCACUAGUUCAACUUGUUGCUGGGUUAUAUGGUCCUAGUGUUAAGCAUCAGAAGCUCGAGGAAAACAAGAAUGCUCGCGAGACUAGCUUCUUGCUAACCGAAAGUGAGGUGCUCGGACGAGACGAGGAGAGGGACCAAAUAGUUGAAUGGCUGAUCAAACCAGGAGAUGCCGAUGUCAAUGUCUCCACUUUUACAAUUGUUGGUAUGGGCGGGCUCGGGAAGACCACUCUUGCUCAACUAAUCUGUCAUGAUGAAAGAGUGCGAGAGUACUUCAAACCGAUUAUGUGGGUUUGUGUUUCUCAGGAUUUCGAUGUAACUGCGAUAACAAGAAAGAUUUUACAAUGUGUAGAUAGUGAAAAGAAUUUUGGCGACAAGAGUCUACAAGCACUCCAUGUGGAUCUUACACAAGAACUAAAGUCGAAGAGGUUUUUCCUCAUACUGGAUGAUGUUUGGACCGAUGAUAACAUGACGGAGUGGGAGACAUUAGUUGCUCCUUUGAAAUUUGGACAGAGAGGAAGCAAGAUCCUGUUGACAACUCGAAUGGGUUCAAUUGCGGAUAUGGCGGCAAAAGUGACGAAAUGCAAACGGGAAUCAUUAAAUCUAAAUGAGUUGAAGGAGAGUGACUGUAUAUCGCUUUUCAAUAAGCAUGCAUUCCUCGAUGUGAACCUUGGUGAUUAUAGAAACCUGCAGCUGAUCGGUGAGCAGAUAGUGAAGAAACUUGGAGGAAGCCCAUUGGCAAUAAAGAUCAUGGGAGGAAUACUAAACUACUCCAUGAACUAUGAAUAUUGGAAGAACAUCUUGGAAGAAGACAUCAUGAAAUUACAACAAGGAAAGAACGGCAUCAAGACAGUUUUAAGAUUAAGCUACGAUCACUUACCCACAAACUUACAACUCUGCUUUAGAUAUUGCAGUUUAUUUCCACAGGAUUAUACGUUUAAGAGGAAAAAGUUGGUCAAUAUGUGGAUUGGUUCAGGUCUGAUUCCGCAAUCUAUUUGUGGCAAGCAAAGGCCAGAGGAUAUCGGAAAUGAGUAUUUAAAUCUUCUGACAAGAAAAUCAUUCUUUACUUGCAAAACUAGAGAAAAUAUGUUGGGAAGUACUAAAAAAAUUACUAAAGAGUAUUUUAUGCACGAUCUGCUGCAUGACCUAGCACAAUCUGUUUCUCUAGGGGAAUGCAAGAGAAUAGGAGGUGAUGUUGCAGGAAUUACUAUUCCACGGACAGUUCGACAUUUAUCUGUUGAGAUGAUAAAUCUUCUUUCCAUCAGAGAGAUCUCCAAUCUUAAAAAAGUGCGCACUCUUGUCAUUUCUGCUAAAGAGGAUAAUGAGCAUAAUGCAGAUCAUGCACUUGAAUUUCUCGAGGUUAUAAAAGGGUUUAAAAAGUUGCGCUUAUUGAUCUUAGAUGUGAAUUUUGACCCUUAUAAACUGCCCGAUGCACUUAGUAGCUUGAUACACCUCCGCUACCUAUCUCUUUCACUAGGGAAAGUUGUGAAUGAAAGUAUUGAAUAUGAUGACUUGACCAACUUGGUCAAGUUGCGUUCAUUAGAUGUUCCCUAUUAUGUGAUAGAAAAUAUUCCUUAUAUUAGCAAACUACCUUUCAUCCACAAAUUACAACAUUUUAUUGUUCGAGAGGAGAGUGGUUAUAAAAUUGGUGAACUAAAGAACCUCAGGGACCUUCGUCAUCUGUGCAUUGGAGGACUUGAAAAUGUGAGGAGUUCUGAAGAAGCCAUUGAGGCCAAUUUAAACGAGAAAAAAUAUCUCAAAUCAUUGUCAUUGCAAUGGUCCGCAGACCACUUCAAUAGUGCAGAGGCAGAUGAGCAGCUCCUCGAUAACCUCUGCCCUCAUAUCAAUCUCAAGAAAAUGAUCAUCCAACAAUACCAAGGUGCUAAAUCUCCAAGUUGGAUGACAAAUCUGUCUCUUAUCAAUUUGACAUUCAUCGCACUAAUGAAUUGUAAAGGAUGGGAGCACCUUCCACCUCUUGGGCAGUUUACUUCGCUCCAACAUCUUCUCUUGCAGGGACUAGAUACAAUAAAGCAAAUAGAUUGUUCAUUCAUCAGAAGCAACAGUGCAUGUGCCUUUCCAUCAUUGAAGAUGUUACAUUUAUGGGACAUGCCUAACUUAGAGGAGUGGAUUGGAGCAGAUGAUGGGUGCAUGUUUUCUCAACUUCAUUCUAUGGUGAUCGCUAACUGCCCUAAUUUGAGGAAAAUUCCUACUCUACCUUAUAGUCUAAGACAAUUGACAAUUUCAGAUGUCGGAUUGACUGCUCUUCCAACAAUAAAUCAGGAUUACGCUGACAACAAUCAGCAAGAACAUUCUCAGGGUCUUCAAACCUUAAUCAUCGAACGAUGUGAGAAGCUCAAAUAUGUUCCAACAGAGUUCUUUCAGAAAUUCGACACCCUCAAAGAGCUGCGUAUACAAAAGUGCCCGAAGUUGACAAACCGUGGGAUCUCGGACAUCCAAAUGCCCUCUAUGCUCGAUAAACUCAUUAUUGGGUCAUGUGGCGACCUUGAGGUGCCAUUGCUCCAGUCAUUAUCAAAUUUAACCUCUCUUUCCGGGUUGGAAUUAGUCGAUUGCACAAGCAUAACAUCCCUUCCCCCUGCACAAGUGUGUGGACGGUGGACGGCGCUUUCCCAUUUAAUAAUAAAGAACUGCAAAGAGCUGUCAUCAUUCGGUGGAAUACAAGCUGUACCCCUCCGUUAUUUACAAAUUGAAGGGUGCGACAGGCUAAUUGAAGUUGCCCUGCUGCUGCAGCCUCUGUUCCCAAACGAUGUCUGCCAAAACAAGAAUGCAGUAAUGGACUGCUUUUUGAAGAAUGGUAGUCUAUCAAUUGACCACCUCGCCCUCCUGCUCGUGGAGCCAUUGAGAAGUCUCUCCUCCAUCAACAAUUUGACUAUCUCUGAUGCUUCACAACUCACCAGCUUACCUGAGGAAUGGCUACUGCAAAAUCACGCUGCCCUCGACGCUAUAUACAUAUGGAAUGCAAUCUCCCUUCAGUCCCUACCCCAGAGCGUGACAAAACUGUGCUCCCUCCAGCGUUUAUAUGUACAGAAGGCUAAUCUCAUCCAGUCUCUUCCAGAUCUGCCUACUUCACUGCGUACUCUUUGGAUCACCGGGUGUCACCCUGUGUUGAAGGAGCGAUGCCAAGAGAAUAUAGGCCUUGAUUGGCCCAAGAUUGCCCACAUCCCUGGUGUGACGAUUGAACAGGCAGUUGCAGAGUGACGAUGACGAAAUUGAUUGAUUAAUUACCUUCUUUUCUCGGAUAAUGCGAGAGCAGUCAGUGCAGAUUGUAUUGAUAUUUUGAGUAAAUUUGGUGGAUGCUCUCGCGAUAAGACGUCAUAAGAGGAAAUGAAAGCUAUGCUGUAGCAGGCAUCAACAUGCAACCACAUCCUACAGUAUCUUACAUUUACUUUCUUUACACUUUUAAACGAACUUUAUAUUCAUUUCGCAUUAAUUGCACAAAAAGACUGAAGUGUUACUGCUUAUGUUCUAUGUUUGGUGGUGCAAGAACCAAUUAAAGACUCUAUCGAUUUCUCUAUAUAUAGGAAUGUAACAUGACCAAAGUAAACUGCCUAUGUAUUUGUAUUUUUUUUCUGUUCUCGGUGGUGUAUGAAUUAAAAACCCUCCUAUUAUUAUAGCCUAUGUAUUUUAUCCUUGUUAUGAAGGAUGGUUAAAGUUUUACUGUUUUGUGUACAUUCUCCUAUUUUUUCUUGGUGCAGAAUUGGAAUGAGACUACUACAAGUAGUCUAUUUAUAUA